AUGCCUCCCCGACUAGCUCUCGAUAUACCACUCUUCAAUCUCGCCAAUGCCACCGUCAGCCUUGACGAGCAUGCUGUUCCAUGUUGUUUUCGUUUCCUUGACUGCAAUGCCUUUAUCGACUCUGACGUGCUCCGCAUAAUCGAAUGGCCAGAUGGAUCUUUGCCGGAAUACUCCUUUGCUGCCAUCUCCUACCCUUGGCGCGAUCUCCAAAUACCAACAGGGACAACGCCUCCCGAAGGUAGCUUCAGUGUCAAGGGUGCCGAGCAUGCAGACCACAUCAGCAUCGAUGUUCUGCGCACGGCAUGUAUUGCAGCACACUGUUUCGGAAGAUCGAUACUGUGGAUAGACAGACUAUGCAUUCUGCAGACGAGGAAGGACGACAAAAACUGGCAGAUCCAGCGGAUGUUUCAGAUCUACGCCCACUGUGACCCGUGUCUCGUCUUCCCUGGAGGUCUGGUGCGGCUUGCAGGACUAUCGGAGCCGACUACAUGGAUUGACAGAGCGUGGACGCUCCAGGAGGCGUCGGCGCCUGGGAGGAACAGACUGAAGUGCGUGUUCGCGUUUACCCAUACGACAUACUUCGAUUUCCUGGAGCAGCAAUGCGGAUCCAGAUUUAGCCCCAAGUUCAUCGAGUUUCUCCAUCACACCCCCAGUCCCCUUCAGACCAUAGUCGAGCCAGGACGUUCCGCGGCGUGCGAUCUUAUCGAGCUUUUUCGACUGAUGGCGGGGGGUGUGGCUGGUUUUAAAUACCAUGAGCCGACGCUGUCGAUGCACCACGAUCAUUUCCCCGUUCGAGUCAUCUAUACCCCCGCCGCAAAACUGUUACAGCGCGCACUCAAAACUGGGAGAUCAGGUCAGUACCUGUGGGUAUCGGCUUUCGCACGGUCGUCUUCGCGGCCCGUCGACAUGGUCUUCAGCCUCAUGGACCUGCUCGGCGUCAGCCUCGAUGUCUCGCAAUUCCACGCCGCGGAGCGUACGAAGGCGACAAUCAAGCUGAUCCAGGUGUUGAUGGACCGCGGGGAGAGGGCGACGUGGCUAUAUAUCGCGCCAGAGAUGCCGUCGUCUGUGGAGAUCUCGACGCUGCCUGCCAUGCCUGAGACGUCUGAGAGUGGCAGGGCGUACAUACGUACGCGAGAGGGGCCUAUGCUGGCAUUCGAAGCGAUCGGAACGCAAGAUGUAUGGCAAUCGGAGGGAGCACCGAAGGGCGUUAUGUGUGAUUCGGGGUAUUUCAGGUUUUAUUCAAGAGCGGCGUUGGUCAUUAGAGGGGACGGUGGGUCUUUGGGAGACACGGGCCGCCGUCAGACGGCAACGAUGAGAGCCUACGAUGACAGGGAGACCUGGGCGAUUGUCAUCGGUCGUCGAAAGGAGCUGAAUCGGGACCCAGAUACGGGGCACAUCAGGCUCACACCCAGGUCGGCGCCGCCUCCCAUUGGCGUGAUCGAGAUCACGCUGCUGUUCGCGGAGCGUCACGGGUACGGGUUGUUUCAUCGGUUAGGGAUGGAGCGAGAGAUCGAUGAGAAGAGUGUAGCGGGUUGGAAGUGGACUUGGCGGGAGUUUUGCGUCGGCGGCCCUGGGAGAGGGGAUAGGGUGAGGUUCAGCGUGACGCCUACUGGCCCUGUCUUCCAAUCGUAGCAGCGUGCGCCAUGGGCGCCACUCCCUACUAAGUGCUUCGCAAUGUGUCUCCAACCUCUGCAAUAUUCAAAGGUAUUAACACAUCUAGGCGUCCAGGCAAUUGAAUAUUCGAUAAUAAAUAGGUUCAUUCGUGGUCACC